CUCUCAUGCUUUCAGUUGAGGACUGUCCCCUUCAUUCCAGCAGUAGCUCUAUUUUUUUUUUCCUCUCUGUAAAGUAUAGAUUGACUCAAACAGGCAUCAGAAAUCAAAAAUUCAAAGGGUAGACAUUCUUUCAGGUUGCUUACAGAGUCAUCCUUUUUCAAGAGAAUAUAUGUAUUCUAAUGAUUAAGUCUAGUAAACAUUUUUGAACCAUAACUUUGAGUUUGAUGGCUAGAUGUUUGCCUUUCCAUCUUUUUAUAUAACGCUUCAUCUGUUCUAACAAUUAUAUAUUUACAUCUGCCACAUCCUCCUAUGAUCAAUUUUUCGCCAUGGUGUUACCCUCUUAUGUUCCUUUUGACAGACUUGCUAGGAUUGUGAAUACCUGAAAUGUAUUAACUCUUCUUUAUAAUACUGUGACCCUCCUUUCUGUGUGUAACUAGUCUUUUGUUAAGGUCAUAUCUUUGUUAGCGAGUGGUGUGGUGCGGUAGGAGCAGAUCUGUAGAAGAAAAGACUUAGAAGCUGAGGACCUGAAGUUCGUCCUAUAUCUGUUUUAAGAGGUUUUACUUUGGGUUAGCUGUGGUUUGGUCCCACGGAUAGAAUCUCUGAUAGCAACUGGAAUGAUCAGUUGUCCUCCAGAAGCUCAUCUUUCAGUUUAGGUUAGUUUGAAAGGAAUUGAGUUUGCAUACUUCAAGACCAAUCAGUGAUGCAAACUAAAACCAUGGUAAAUGAAAGUAAUCAGGAGAUACACUUCAAAAGCAUGCUACUUAUCCAAACAGAAAUGCUGUUGUAGACCACUCACUCCUCUCUACCUCCUUCUGUGUCUUUUCUACUAGACCUUUAUUUUGUUACUGUGUUCCUUCUUUCUUUGGGAGCCCCAGAACGUAAUUUUUACUCCUGCUAGUGUCUUAGAUACAGGUUAUGAGGUGUUUAUAAAUUAUCAUAACUGGAAAUGGUCAUCACCUUUCUUUUAAUAGUGGGACAGAUACUAUUAUAAAAUUACUUCUUGUGGUUUUACUUCUGACGAUGUCAGUCAUAAAUGUCAAUGACUAACUUCCUAAAUAUCUGAUCUUUUUUAUAUCCUGUUUUUCUACCUCUUAUUUCCACUACUACUGUACCUGCUCCUUCUGUUGCUCUUGAUUGCCUUUCUCCUGUGAAUCCUUGUAUUAAUACAAGUGAUAUAUAGCGUUGAAGGAAUUAAAGAGAGAAAAUAGUGCAUUUGUGGGAGAAAACCAUGGCUCAGAUGGCCCAGCUCUGUUGAUGGAUUAACUCCUAUACCAAGGUAUUAAGUCUUUGAACAAGUUCUUGUUUUCGAGAAGAAAACAUUCCUAUGGAUGACAUAAAAGUGGAUAACACCUCUUGUAACGAUGGCGUUCUACUUAGAAUGGGCCUCAAUGAUAACAAAGCUGGAAUGCAAGGUUUGGAUAAAGAGAAGAUCAAUAAAAUCAUCAUGGAGGCUACCAAGGGUUCUAGAUUUUAUGAAAAUGAACUUAAAAAAGAUAAGCAAGUUAACCAACGAAUUGAAAAAAUGAUGCAGCUGAAAGAGAAAAUUACGAACCAACAGCUCUUGAAAGCACAGCUGCAGGUGGACAAACUUGUGAUGGAACUGGAACAGAGCCGUGACCUUAGCUGUACUAUUGUGCACAUUGACAUGGAUGCCUUCUAUGCCGCUGUAGAAAUGCGAGACAACCCAGAGCUGAAGGAGAAGCCUAUAGCAGUGGGAUCAAUGAGUAUGUUGUCCACCUCAAAUUACCAUGCUAGGAGAUUUGGUGUACGUGCAGCCAUGCCUGGGUUUAUUGCUAAAAAGCUAUGUCCACAUCUAACCAUAGUGCCAUUAAACUUCGAAAAAUAUGGCAAAGUGAGUAAAGAGGUUAGAGAAAUAUUGGCUGAAUAUGAUCCCAAUUUUAUGCCUAUGGGCCUAGAUGAAGCCUAUCUGAAUAUAACAGAGUACUUGGAGGAAAGACUGAACUGGCCUGAAGAUAAGAGAAGGUACUUCUUCAACACAGAAAACACUACAGAAAAUGACAAUGCAUCUCUGACAGAUGACCACCCGGAACAGAGAAAUCUGCCAGCAGUGAAUUCGAUCGUCUUUGGAACUUCUGCAGAGGAAGUUGUGAAGGAAAUUCGCUUUAGGAUUGAACAGAAAACCAGACUGACUGCUAGUGCAGGAAUAGCUCCAAAUACAAUGUUAGCAAAAAUGUGCAGUGAUCAUAAUAAACCUAAUGGACAAUACAGAAUUACUCCGGAGAGACAAGCUGUGCUAGACUUCGUGAAAGAUUUGCCCAUUAGGAAGGUGCCAGGUAUAGGAAAAGUAACAGAGAAGAUGUUAAAAGCCCUUGGAAUUGUGACUUGCUCAGAACUUUACCAGCAGAGGGCACUGCUUUCUCUUCUUUUUUCAGAAGCGUCUUGGCAUAAUUUCUUGGAGAUAUCACUUGGUUUGGGCUCAACACAUUUGGAAAAGGAUGGAGAAAGAAAAAGUAUGAGCACUGAAAGAACGUUCAGUGAAAUUAACACAGCAGAAGAUCAGUAUAGCUUGUGUCGAGAACUUUGCAGAGACCUGGCUCAAGAGUUACAGAAAGAGGGACUUAAGGGUAAAACUGUUACCCUGAAGCUGAAGAAUGUGAACUUUGAAGUAAAAACAAGAGCUUCAACUGUGCCAUCUUCUGUUUCUACUGAGGAGGAAAUAUUUGCUGUUGCUAAAGACUUAUUAGGGACAGAAAUUGAUACUGUUUCUCCUCAUCCUUUACGGAUAAGACUAAUGGGUGUACGAGUAUCAGGAUUUCUAAGUGAAGAAGAGAAGAAGUACCAACAAAGAAGUAUUAAAAGUUUUCUCAAAUCAGGAAAAGAAAUCAAUUUUCUUAGGCUUGAGCCAGGGAAAUCCAACCAAGAACUCUGCACAAAAAAUUCAGAAGCAGCUCCCAGAGGGAGUUUUUUUGAUAAAAAGCGAGCUGCAAGGCAACAAAACAGGGAGGAUCUUUUUCUAAAUGAAGAUGUAGAUAAGCGGGUCUUUCAUGAUAGGAAAUCAUCAGCAAAUUUUAUGGAAGAAACUAGCAAAGUCACAGCCAUGCAGAAUUCUGCUGUGCAUAAGAUCUUCACCUGCCCUGUGUGCUUUGAGGAGCAAAGCAGCAGUAGUUUGGAGGAGCUUAACAGACAUAUUGAUGAGUGCCUUGCUGGGAGUCUUGUUAAAGAUACUGUAGAAAUAUUGAAGAAUGAGAGUUCAAAAGAAAAUACAUUUAACUCUAUUCCAUGCUGUAAAAAUGAAAAUGUUGAGGUAUGUCAAAAAAGUAAUAUGGAUCAAUUAGCAGGUACAUGCCAGUCAGCAAGUACAGAUGUCAACUCUGCUAGCAGUAGCGCAGAAAAAUUCACUCAGAUGGUAGUUGCUAAACCUCACAAAGAAAGACAGCCUAGCCAGCUUGGUGAUAUUGCUAGAAACGUGUGUAUAAAACAGUGUCUUUUUCCCAAAAGAAUUUCUCUGGAGAAUGCAGACCAUCUUGAAAAGAUUGAGAAUACGGAAGAAACUAGUUCAUCCUGUUUCUUUGAAGCCAAAGAAGACAAUGUUCUUGUUUGUCCAGUUUGUAAUUUAGAACAGAAAACCACUAGUCUUAUGUUGUUUAAUAGACAUGUGGAUAUCUGCUUAAAUAAAGGCAUUAUCCAGGAGCUGACAGAAAAAAACAAUUGUCCUACUAAGACUUAUGAUACAGAAAAUUCAAACAGAGUUGGAAGUUUAAGCAGAGGACAGCAGUGUACAAAUCAGUCACAAGGAACAAAAAGGUCUGGACUUGCAACUUCACAGUCAGUAUCAAAAAAGGCCAAGUCAAGCAAUUCCAAGCAUACAAUUGAAAUGUUUUUUAAAUGACUAUGUAGCAAUGUAUUCUGUAUGAAGUAUUUCAUAAUGUUUUAUGACUGUAAAUUAACUUAGCAUCAGCGGUAGGCUUGAGUGAGAGAACUAUCUCUUUGGAGUCAUUGCAUGUCUAUGUAAAAAGAACAUGAUGUUUGAAGUAGAAUACAACUGAAGUAAUUUAAUUUUUUUGAGAAUAAUACAAUUUUCUCAGUUGUUUCUGAGAAAAAAAAUCUGCUAGCACUUAAUUUUUGUUUGUUUUUAUUGAAAAUGUGAAACUACUUUGUUGGAGUCACCAGUAAUCUCGUGGGUUGCCUCCACUGUUCAACGGACAGAGCAGGGAGGUUAGAGCUGCCACACUGAGCAAGCCAACAGAGCGACCGCCUGAGAAAGCAGGCGUUGUUAGCUGGGGUGCCAGGCUGUGCUUACAUGAGGGGCCUCUUCACAGAUCCCAGCUAGCACCUCUGCAAGGCCCAGUGCUGUGUUGCAUGUGGCAGACGAACUAGCUCAGGCUUGCCCUUCAUCAGACAAUUCAACAGCAAACCGAGUUGCAGCAUUAGCUGUGUUAUAGUGAAGAAGAGGCGAGUUUCCUGAUUUCACUUCUCAUGAACAUUUGUUUCAUCAGUUGAGACAAAAAUUGGUUGGUGUUGCAGUUUCAAAGGAAAAGAGCAAGAAUUCAGAGCCCAGGCAAGCUUCUGCUGUAGUCCCUGGAAAUUACUUCAAUAAGAGGUGAUACACCAACCCUGACAGGCUCAAUCUUAUGAGAUACAAAAUGAUUCCACUGAUUUAAAAAAAUGAAUAAACCUGUUGAUGAGAAAAGGGAUGGCUCCAGGUUAGUCAGAUGUGUGCUGUUUGAUCCUUGGCCUUUCGAAAGAAACCGAGAACUUGAGGUUUCUUUGAAACCGUCAAGUUGGUACCUUUCAGUGGCAGUAAAUUCGGGCUAACUUAAAAAUCUCAUAGUGCAAUAAUAAUAUGAAUGAUAUCUAAAUAUGCAUGAUGCUGAAAUGAAGUAACUUUCUUAUUAUUACUCAUCUUUCUCCUUUAAAAAUGUUUUGUAUUUUUGAAUAAAUAUUUUAUUAUAAUUGAAUAAUAUUUAUCGAGCAAAUAAUUUAUGAUGGUAGCAUACUUAAAGCUAUACAAACAAUGAUGAGCCCUUGUGGAAAUAUAAACUACUUUAUAUUUUGUAAUCUUUAAAGAAGUGUUGUUGUUAGAAGCAUCUGUUUUGUUGUUGAAAUGUAUUGGGAUUACUCUCUGGUGGUUUUUGUUUUUUCUGUUUUUUGGGGGGAAGGGGAGGGCUGGGGAGAAGGAGAGGUCUUUUUUUUUUCCUCCAAACAAACGUGUACUUGAUCUUUUCUGGAUGCUCUGGUUAAGUCCAGAAUCUGCUUCUUCACUUCCAAAUUUGUUGGAACGAUUUAGAAAAGCACCAUCUCUACCUACUUAUCUCUACUCAUUUGCCAGAAGCCACUAUGCCCACAGCUCUGUCAUUUGAAUUUGUGUCAGGGCUCCCUAAUCUCCUUUGGACCAAAUCAGCUGGGCUAGUUCUGACUGCUGUGUAAGCUAGCUCAGUUGACUGUCUAAAGCAGGUCAGUGAGCAUUCAGCAUGUGCUGUUCUGCUGAUGGAGCUGGGGGAUGGAAAUUUUUGGUUGGAGAGACAUAAAAGCAACUGGGGGAGCAAUAGCUUAAGUUGCCACUGCUGUUUAGAAAGUGAACAUCUAUCCCAUAGUUAGCCUACAUCUGUCUGUAUGCUCUCUCUUAAGUCCUUGUUUGAGUUGCUAGACUGUUCCUCACUGUCACAUGUUAACGCAAGGUCUGAUUCAAUAAAAUAUGUAAAAUCUGAGUA